GAAAGAACUCAAGUGGCACCUCCUCCCUUCCAGCCCCAAAUGCGUGCACACUUCCGGAGUCCGAGUGUGCGCGUCAAUAUUCUGCCUUUCGUCGUCCCGCAAUAAAUUCCCCCUCUGUAAAUGGUACGAUCGAGUGGAGGGUCUUCUCUGAGUCAUGUGACCCUUCUCCCACGAUGGGCUUGCCCAAUCACGUACGACUUAACCACGGCGGAAAAUGGGCGGAUCCACGGCAGUUUGCGAGGGGGGUGUUUCUCAGAAGAGAAAGUGUAUGGAGUGUUGAUCUUAACAAGAGCCAUGGCGGCGUGUCACUUUCGGAGGAGCAUUGCUGCUCAGCUGUCACGUAUUCUAGAGAUGCCGCCAGAACACUUGGUAAAGUCAAUCUGUGCAGUUCCAGUGACAAAGAAAGAGCAACCUGCUGAUUUCCAGUUCUUUGUGAGUUCUGUGCUAGAUGCUAGCUCCAGUGAUUACCCAAGACCAGAUACUCAGCUUCUUCAAACCCAGAGGCUGGUGAAGGAGCUAAAAUGUGAUGCAGUUGUGAGUGAGAUCAGCCCAGGUGAUGGAAUAGUGAAUUUCAGGAUAAAUCGAGAAUUACUAGCAAAGACAGUGCUGCAGCAAGUGUUUGAGGAUGGCUCCCAGUAUGGAAUAAAAAGUGAGCUUCUCUCAGGGUUGCCAAAAGGAAAUAUUUUGGUUGAGUUUAGCUCACCCAACAUAGCAAAGAAGUUUCACGUUGGUCACUUGCGUUCUACACUAAUAGGAAAUUUCAUAGCAAAUCUCGAACAAGCAGUUGGGCAUCAUGUUACAAGAAUAAACUACCUUGGAGAUUGGGGCAUGCAGUUCGGUCUGUUGGGAGCUGGCUUCCAGCAGUUUGGUUCUGAAGAAAAGCUAAAAUCUAAUCCCUUGCAGCAUCUUUUUGAGGUCUACGUACAAGUCAACAAAGCAUCAGAAGAAGACAAAGCAAUUAAAACACUAGCACAAGAUUUCUUUAGAAAAUUGGAGGCACAUGAAGAACAAGAGAUGACCUUGUGGCAACUUUUCAGAGAUGUUAGCAUUGAAGAAUAUAUCAAGAUGUACCAGCGCCUGGGAGUCUGCUUUGAUGAGUAUUCUGGGGAAUCAUUCUAUCAAGAGAAAAGCCAGGAGAUUCUAAAGAUGUUGGCCAUGAAAGGACUCCUUACGAAGACUAAAGAAGGAACAGGAAUAGUUUAUCUUUCCGAAAGAGGAGAUCGAGCUGCAGUAAUGCGUAGUGAUGGAACCUCGCUCUACCUAACAAGAGAUCUUGCUGCUGCUGUAGACCGAAUGGAUAAAUACAAUCCUGACACCAUGAUUUAUGUGACAGAUAAAAGCCAGAGUUCUCAUUUUCAACAAGUUUUCCAAAUACUAAAGUUACUGGGUUACGAAUGGACAGAAAGGUGUCAGCAUGUGCCAUUUGGAAAGGUUCAGGGGAUGAAGACCCGAAAAGGAGACGUCGUCUUCCUGGAAGAUGUCCUGGAUGAAGCACGUUCCGUGGUCUUAGAAAGAACUGCUUCUGCCAAAACUUCCAAAGAACUUGAUGAUCCUCUUGCAACUGCGGAAAAGAUUGGGCUUGCAGCACUUAUCAUUCAGGAUUUCAGGGGUCUCUUGUUAUCUGAUUAUCAGUUUAGCUGGGAUCAUGUGCUCCAAAGCCGAGGUGACACUGGCGUCUUCCUACAGUACACGCACGCCAGGCUGCAUAGUUUAGAAGAGAUCUGUGGAACAGUCCAUCAAGUGUCUGAUAUUAACCCUGCGUGUUUACAAGACCCACCAGCUAUUUGUUUAAUUCAGCACCUUCUCAGAUAUGAUGAGAUUCUUUGUCAGUCUUUGCAAGAUCUUCAGCCCAAACACAUUGUUAACUAUCUCCUCAAACUCAGCCAUUUAGUAGCCACAGCUCAUAGAAUGCUUCCCGUGAAAGGCAGUGUCCCGGAGAUUGCGGAGGCAAGGCUCUGUUUAUUCCAGGCUGUUCGCUCCAUUCUGGCCAAUGGAAUGAGACUUCUGGGAAUUACACCUGUGAACAGAAUGUAAUAGGAAGUGUUUCUUCCUCCAGCCGUAAUCUAAAAUACAUUGUUAUGAAGAGA